AUAAUGAAUCCCAAAGGAGUUUGUCCUGAAGAGGAAGCCUUGCACUUCAUUGCUUCUGAGAAGGACAAAGACAUAUUUCAGAAGAAAUUCAUCAGUGAAGACAAAGGUUAUGGAGUUAUUGCCACCAAAAACAUUGAGCCAGGAGAAUUCCUGCUGGAGUAUGUUGGAAGACAUAUCACUGGCUCUGAGGGAGAGGACCUGUAUAAAGAGUACUCUGCUGAAGAUGCAGCAUUUUUGUAUUUCUACAACUUCCAAGAACAAAACUUCUGCAUUGAUGGCAGUAAAGAAACAAGACUUGGAAGAUUCAUUAAUGAUGACCACAUCAAGCCAAACAGCAAAAUUAAAAUUGUAUUGGAUGAACAACAAAAACCACAUCUGUGUGUAUUUGCAAUCACAGAAAUUCUUGCAGGAGAAGAAAUCGUCUACGACUAUGAAACCCCCAACUGUCAAUGGCGACAGAAGACAACUUCCUUCUCUUCUAAUGAACACAUGGAAAAGAAGGAAUCCCGAUGGAAGAGCUCACUAGAAAACCUCAAGUCUGAGUCUGGCGUGAUGGAAAUUGAUGGCCUUGUAAUCAAUCCAAACAUAAAGAUUGCAAGUGGAUGCAAUGGACCAGAAGUCUUUCCAGGAUUCUUCUGCAAUGGCCCUGUGGCAGUCAAGCGAUUUCCUAAGCAUAUCAACAAAAGCCAAUUGAAAAUAGCUAACUUUCUGUGUUCAGACAGAUUAAAAACCAAACAUCUGUUGCAGCCCCUUACUGUGAUUGAAGACACUUACUUGGCCUAUUUAGUCCUUCCUCUUUGUGAAUAUAAUCUCAAAGACCUGAUCGAAAAUAAGGAUUUUCCUGAGAGACAAAACCUGACUGAGCAGUGGAGACUGGGAAUCUGUGAGGAGUUACUGCUGGGACUUCAGGAACUGCACUCACAUGGAAUGUUGCACGGAGAUCUGAGGCCUGAAAACAUCCUGUUUGAUAUCAACAAUAAAAUGUGUAUUGGAGACUUUGGAGCAAGCAGAAAUCUGGAUCCUGCAGACACUGCAUCAUUUUCACUAACAGGUGGAACUUUGUCCUGGGCCAGUUAUGAGGAUGUUGGAGUUAUAAAAAGCAAAUACAAGAAGGAGUCAGAUAUCCAGGUAGCGGGAUGCUUGAUGCAUUACAUCCUGACAGAUGGACAACAUCCCUUUCAAACUACAACCCCAUACUUCAGUGAUCCCAUCGGGCUGAUGCUUAACAUCAGAAUGACCAACUUCACUCUUCAGUGUGAGGAAAGAUGGAGUGGGCUAAAAGACAUCAUUACCCGGAUGCUGAGCAGAUCACUUGAAGAACGUCCCACCAUUGAAGAAUCUCUUAAGGCUGUAACGUGUUUGCCACAUCGGUCUGAUUAUACUGGAACCACAAACAACACUGGGCUUGAUAAUCAAAAAGAAGUAAGUCAUUGUUUUCCAGUAGUGUAGGGCAAUAU